CAAUCUUCAAACACAUUGUUUUUCAAAGCAGAAGGUAACAUGGAUGAGCUCGAUUUGCUGUUGGAGGAGAUAGCCCGUAAUCCAACUGCUUCAACAAGCACUAAUUCAACUGCCAGUGAGGUGCAAGCUGCAGCCAACAAUGGACCUAGGAAGAGAUCAAACCUAAAAGUGUACAGUGACCUGACUCCUCCCGUGGAAGCAUCCCAGGAUGACGAUUCUCCCACCAAAGAGCUGGAUUCUAUUUUACAAGAUCUGAUGAGUCUGGGAUCUCAGGAUGCAGAAUCUUCCCCACUUUUACAAGAGACAACAGAAGAUGGCCAACAGGGAACCGUCAGUAAUUUGGAUUUAGAUGCAAAAGAUUCCGCAGGGAGCAAAGAUGCAGACAGUAUAGACAAACUUCUUGGAGGGCUGACGACUGACCUGGAAAAGAUCGGUGUCCGCACCACAACCAAGGGUCACUGUGCCGCCUGUAACAAAACCAUUGCGGGGAAGAUGAUCACAGCCAUGGGUGAAAUGUGGCACCCGGAGCACUUUGUGUGUGCGGCGUGUACGACAGAACUGAGCACCACCGGCUAUUUUGAGAGGGAAGGACGUGCGUACUGCACUAAGGACUACCAUCAGCUCUUCUCACCACGCUGUGCUUACUGCGGAGGGCCCAUUGUACAGAACAUCUUGACAGCUUUGGACCAGACAUGGCAUCCCGAUCACUUCUUCUGCACACACUGUGGGGACUUCUUUGGAGAUGAUGGUUUCCUCGAGAAGGAGGGGAAGCCAUAUUGUCGCAAGGACUUCUACCAACUCUUUGCCCCUAAGUGUGCGGGCUGUGGGGAGCCAGUGAUGGAGAAGUACCUGACUGCGGCUAACGGCACAUGGCAUCUGGAAUGCUUCGUCUGUGCGGACUGUCUGAAGCCCUUCUCCGACGGCCGCUUCAUGGAGCUGGACGGGCGGCCGCUCUGCCAGACGCACUUCCACUCCCGGCGGGGCACUCUUUGCGGCAGCUGCCGCCAGCCCAUCGUGGGUCGCUGUGUCUCGGCCAUGGAGAGCAAAUUUCACCCCGAGCACUUUGUGUGCACCUUCUGUCAGAAGCAGCUCAGCCAAGGAAUCUUCAGGGAGCACAGAGGCAAACCCUACUGCCUGGCCUGCCAUCACAAACUCUUAGCCUGACAAGGAAAUAUGGAAAUCAAUCAUUAAUACACUAUACCUAAUGAGCAAAAUAACUUGGCCAUAAUCUUCAAUCCGUGAAUUUCCUUACUUUUUUCUACAUGGGAUCUAAAACUUAAAAAAUUAAGAAUGUGGGGGCAUUGAUAGCUUUUCUGCAAUGAAGAUGGUAAACAUGUCAGCAAAACAUCAACAGCUUUGUGUUAAGAGUGACAAAUUAAGCCUAUUAAUUAGGGCAGGGGUGUCCAAAGUGCGGCCCAGGGGCCAUUUGCGGCCCGCAGCUAAUUGUUUAUUGGCCUGCCACACAUUCUGCAAAAAUUCCAAAAUUGAUAGUAUUGCAAAAAUAAAAUAAAACUUUUAAAAAAGUGUAAUGAGGUGAAAUCUAACGAGAAAAAGUUGCAAUGUUGACACAAAGCUGCCAUGCAGGCUGUUUUUUUUUCUUUGUCUUUCUUUAUUUUUCUUUUUUUUGCCAUUGCUCCAAAAAAAAAAAAAGACAAAAAAAUCUGUUAUAAUGAAUUAUUGACCUAUUCAAGGCUCCAAUUACAUCAAAAAUGUCACUUUAAAAUGUUUUAUGUGGAAAAAAUAUUGCAUAUAUUGUGUGGUUGCCAUAUAAAAACAUCAAAGAUGUAUUUGACAAAAGAGCAUAAAAACAAGCAAAAUAAUAGUUCAUACGUAAAAUCGACAGAUAUAUCUGAAGUUGAUCUCGUAACUUAAGUGUUGAAAGUAAAAAAAAAACUAAUAAAAAUGUAUCACUUUAUGAGUGGGGGACCUUUUGGAUCCCAAAUAUAUUUAGUGGGAUUUUAUUAAUAUUUUCACUGAUUUCUCAAAAAUAUUAAAGAAUUAAAAUCAAUGGUGUCCUGCAUUGUUGAUCUUUUAGAGCUCUAAUUACUAAAUACUGCAUAUUUCCAGUUUUGCUAUAAAAAACAAAGUUGUCUUUGACAACCUGAAGUUGAUAUAGAGAUUUACUGUAAGCGUUAGAUAAUAGAAAAUAAUAAUUUGACUCAUUUUUAACGUUUUAAUGACUGAGACCCCUUAUGGUCCCCGGGAGCCCUAAAGGGUAAAAAAAAAAUCCAUAUAUUUUAAUAUAUUCAAAUGACCCCCGCUUGCUUAAAUUUUUCCAUGUGCGGCCCUCAGUGGAAAAAGUUUGGACACCCCUGAAUUAGGGUGUGUCAUGAUCCGUGGCCCGGAUAAUGUUUUUGUUAUUUUCUGUUAGUUUUGGACUCCCUUAUUUCCUGUUGUUGUGCACCCUUGAGUUUGUUUAGUUACUAAUCAAUCAAUCAAACCUUUGCAACUUAUUAUUUUCACCUGCCUCUGAUUGGUGUUCGCGAUGCUCACCUGUUCCCCGAGCACUAAUCAGAGGCAUUAUUUAAGCCUGCUUUUGCCUGGCUUCUUUGUUUGCUUAUGCUACAGUUAGGUGAGUAUUCCUUGUCUUUUUGCCUAUGCUAAGUGUUAGCGUUUGCUUCGAGUGCGAUCGGCACAUUUUUCCUCUGGCUUGUUUUCAGUUUUUGGUACUUGUUUGAGUUCUACAAAUAAAUCAUGUUCCUACCUGCACGUCCUGUCCGGAGUG